UCUUUCCUGGAAAAUAGCAAUCUGGUAGGAAGCUGUCUGAGCUGUGCUUUGCACAGAGGACUGUGGAAAUGUGAACGUGAUGGCUUUGCUUCUGCUCUGCUGCCACCCCAAGCCCCACCAGCUGAAGGAACUUACCUGUGGUUCACCUGCUGUGGCAUGGAAGUCUACAACUCACCACUGUGCUCCUAACUCCCCAGAAGCGGAGUCACGUGGAUCUGGUUAAACAAACUUAGUUUGCAAGUAUACGGUUGGAGAUGCUGGCUUAGCAUCUGCGUGUAAAUCUGGUUUGCUGGACAGAACAAACAGUAGUUAUCUUCAUGAGAUACAAAGACGGUUCUAGCCGAGUAAGACAACAAACUCUGAGCCCAGAUUACAAUGUAUUAAAAAAAGGAGAUGAAGGGGUGAGGGGACACCUACUGGGCGGGAUGGCUGAUAGGUAAACUGAGAAGAAUGUGAACCCUGAGUGCCCCAGCCAGCGGGUAGAGGGAGAAGGACUCAUUGGCACUGGGGUACAGGGAUAAAAGAGCGGCUGUGUCCCUUAGUACUUGGAGAGAUCCACGGGGUUAUGCCCCAGUGGACUCUCCCUUGACUCAAAUAAACAAGCAGCAGAGCCUGACGCAGGUGCUCUCAGCGGUGACCCCAGCAGGCCGCAGCGGGAGGGGCGGGCGGCUGUUCCGCUCGGCGCCGCGCUCCCGCCGGGACGGAGGCGGUUGAUGUGCGCAUAGUGAAGGCAAAUGGAUCAGACUGAGGAUGGUAUGCUGCCAGAAGAUAUGGAUCAGAAGCAGUCAUCCUCUGUGGGCUGGAAAGUGUCAGAGUUGUUAUCUUUCACAAAUAUCAAAAAUGAGCGGCAGAAUUACCUUUCACUUCUGGAGCAAACACACAUUUCUCUCUUCCAUACCAUACAGUCAGCAAUAAGAUCUAAUGACUGGGAUGCUGCAGCACGUCACAAAUGCAGCUGUCUUUGUAAGAAGUCUAUUAGUAGUAGUUCACAGAUAGGUAUUGCAAAGGAAAAUGCUGAGUCAUUAAGGAUAGGAAUGAAAAGUGCAGACAGCUCUAUAUCUGAAGAUGUCAGACAGCUGUCUAAAUCAAAGCCAAAAGUAUCUGUUUCUGGAGGACACAAAAAAUACUAUUCUAGUGACUCGCUGCAAAAACAUAUUCUCCCUUAUGUGUUUUUGAUCAAAAAUUGUCUUUCUAUGCCACUUUAUUUGAUCCAAGACAAGUGUUUCAGUGGAGAGAUAUUAUGCAAAAUACAGUAUUUAAGGAAAGAGAAAAGGAGCACGCCAACAUCAGAGACUCCUGUUUCCAAAUUGCAUGCUUCUGAAGUGCCAGAAAUACCAUAUGUCGUCUUCCAUAACCUGAGGGAACUGCAAUGGAAACUGUAUAAAGGCAUUGUGAAGAGGAAGGAGUCCAGCCGAAUUUUUUGGAGAGAAGCAAAUUACGGAAGUUCUACAAUAUUAGAUGGAACAGAUGUGAAGACACACUACAACCUCCCUUUGAUUUUUGAAGAUUCAGUAAUUUUGUCAGUUUAUCCUGCAUAUCCUGUUCUACGUCUUGAAUUUAAAAGGGAAUAACUGCAGCUCGGAAGAGGAAGCGAAUAAAACUGGAAUUGCCUUAGGCAAUUAAAAAAUUA